AUGACUGAUUUCAAACAACUCGGUAACGAGGCUUUCAAGGCCGGGAAGUUUGACGAGGCCGUCAAACACUUCACCGAGGCCAUCAAACUCAACCCCUCCGAUGGGAUUCUUUACUCCAACCGUUCCGGCGCUUAUGCGUCGAUGAACAUGUACCAGGAGGCACUGGCAGACGCACAGCAAUGCGUAACUCUCAAGCCGGAUUGGCCGAAGGGCUACUCGCGCAAGGGGCUUGCGCUGUACAAGCUCGGCAAGAUGGAAGAGGCCAAGAAGGCGUACCAGGAGGGGCUCAAGAUUGACCCAAACAACGAGCCGCUGAAGGCUGGUCUGCGCGAGGUUGAUGUCUCUUCCGACCCGCAGUUCAUGUACCUCGCCGCCACCAUCUCCCAGUUGGUUGCUACCAACCCGAAGUUGCAGGAGUACCAGAGGCAAGACCCCUCAUACACCAUGACUCUGUGCCGAGUUCUGACCGAAAUGCAGAGCAACCCGCAGAACAUCCAGCACUUGCUCAUGGAUCCCAACCCCGCUCUGCGUGACGGUAUCAUGGCAUACCUCGGUAUGGCGGCGGACAUUGGCCAGGCUGCUGGCUUCAACGAACCGCCUCAGCCCCCUAAAGCGGAGCCGCCGAAAGAGACGAAGCCUGAGCCAAAGGAGGAGCCGUUGACUGAGAGCCAAAAGAAAGCUCAAGAGUUCAAGGACGAGGGUAACAAGUUGUACAAGCAGAAGAAGUUCGUUGAGGCGCUGGAGCUCUACGACAAGGCAGUGGAGCUCGACCCGAACAACCUCUUGCUGGAGAACAACAAAGCAGCUGCAUACCUUGAGAUGGGAGACUACGAAAAAUGCAUCAACACCUGCAAAGCGGCUAUCGAGCGCAGAUAUGAUGUCAAGGCAGACUUCCUGGUCAUCUCAAAGAUUUACAACAGGCUUGCCUCCUGCUACACCAAGAUGGAGGACUACGACGCAGCUCUGGCUGCUUACCAGAAGUCGCUGCUCGAGGACAACAACCGCGUGACGCGAUGCGCAAUGAAGGAGGUGGAGCGCCUCAAGGAAAAGAAGGAGCGUGAGGCCUACAUUGACCCACAGAAGGCUGAGGAGCACAGGGAGAAGGGUAACGAAUUCUUCAAGAAAUUCCAGUUCCCCGAGGCUAAAAAGGAGUAUGACGAGGCCAUCAAGCGCAACCCCAAGGACGCUAAACUGUACACCAACAGGGCAGCUGCGCUCACCAAACUUACCGAGUACCCCAGCGCCCUGGCUGACUGCAACAAAGCUAUCGAAAUCGACCCUACGUUCGUCAAGGCGUGGGCCAGAAAGGGAAACCUGCACGUGCUCCUGAAGGAGUACAGCAAGGCCCUGGAGGCUUACGACAAGGGACUGGCUGUCGACCCGAACAACCAGGACUGCAUCAACGGCAAAUACGACUGCAUGGCCAAGAUCCAGGCUAUGUCGCAGUCGGGAACUGUCGACGAAGAGCAGUACAGGCAAGCCAUGGCCGACCCUGAGGUCCAGCAGAUCCUGGGAGACCCGCAGUUCCAGAUUAUUCUCAAGAAGCUCCAGGAAAACCCCGCAUCAAUGAACGAAUACCUCAGGGACCCCAAGGUCGCCAAGGGUAUUCAGAAACUUAUGGCGUGCGGCAUUCUCAGGACCGCGUAG